AUGGCGGCACCACUUGAGCAACGCUUCCAUGCCUCGGCACCUGAUGCGGCCAUCACGCAUGGCAAUGGACAUCCUGCACCGUCUGUUCCUGAUGUAUGGACAGCCCCAGUCGAACGGUCUUUCAAUGAAGCUUUACCCGUUGUUGUUGUACUGGGUGCGCAAUGGGGAGAUGAAGGGAAGGGGAAGCUCGUGGACAUCCUUUCUGCUCGGGCGGACGUGUGCGCUCGAUUCAAUGGCGGGCACAACGCUGGUCAUACUUUGGUGGUGGAGGGCAGGAAGUACAGCAUGCACUUGCUACCAUGUGGCAUUCUCCAUGACCAUACCACCAGCGUCAUUGGAAAUGGAGUGGUUUUGCAUUUGAAAUCGUUACUGCAAGAACUGGAACACAUUCGGGAUAUCCAACCAGACGCGCUGAACAGGCUGGUGAUUUCCUCGCGGGUUCAUCUGUUAUUUGACAUUCACCAACGAGUUGACGGUGUGCAGGAGGAAGCGAAGGCAAAGGCCGGAAAAGCAAUCGGUACUACACUUCGCGGAAUUGGCCCGUGCUAUUCAACAAAAGCUUCUCGUAACGGUCUCCGCGCGGGAGACCUGCUCAACUUCGAAGUAUUUGAGGCGAAGUACAUUCGGUUGGCUCAAGAGUUGAAACAGCGAUAUGGCAUCAUAUUUGAUGAGACGGAGGAACUGGAGCGACACAGGCACUAUGCUUCCGUUUUUCGAGACAGAAUUAUUGAUACUGUGUCGUUCUUACAUAACUGCAUUCGUGAACGAAAGAAGAUUCUCGUUGAGGGUGCGAACGCAACUCUGUUAGACCUGGAUUUCGGUACAUAUCCUUAUGUGACCUCUUCUACCACAACCGUUGGCGGGGUUUGCACAGGGCUGGGUCUCCCUCCUCGCCUUGUUGGCCUAUCUGUUGGGGUCGUUAAAGCGUAUACAACGCGUGUGGGAGAAGGACCGUUCCCAACAGAACUUCUGGACGCGACGGGUGCUCAUCUGCGGGAUAAAGGGGCUGAGUAUGGCACCACCACGGGGCGGCCUAGACGAUGCGGGUGGAUUGAUAUCCCUGCUCUGCUGUAUACCUCCCGAAUCAACUGUUUCGACUGCCUAAAUUUAACGAAGCUGGAUGUCUUGAGCGGGUUGCGGGAGUUAAAGAUUUGUGUUGCAUACAAGAACAAAACAUCUUCAGCCAUCAUGCCACAAGGUUAUUUCCCGUGCACGGCGGAGGAGUUCAGCCUCUUGGAGCCUGUGUACGAGUGCGUGCCGGGAUGGGACGGGAGUCUGGAACACUGCAAGACGGUGGCGGAUUUCCCUGAAGCAGCGCGAGCAUACGUGAGGAGGCUAGAACAGCUUCUCUCCAUACGUUGCUGGUGGAUAGGUGUGGGACCCGGCCGCGAGCACACCGUCGAGGUGUCAUUCGAGUGA